AUGGAAACUAUCCCAGAGUCUCCCACCAAAGACGAUGCCGCCGUCCAAGCUACCAACGGCAUCGAGGCCGCCAACAUAACCACCUCCAAAAUCACAUUCCCCCUGAAAAAUGCCUUCUCCAAACCCAAGCAGCCCACCUUCAGCACCACCGGUUUCAAAUCGCGAUUCAAAGCCCUCCUCACCACCAUAGACACCCUGAUAUCCAUGAUCCAUGCCUUCUUACACAAACAUCACGCGGAUCUCCUCUCAGCGUACCUCAAAGCCCUCAUCGAAAACUUAGUAUACUUCUUCUCCAUCCACCCCCACCUCACAACCCUCGUCACAUGCCUGCUCCUCUGCACAUGCCUGCCGGUACUCAUCUUCCUCGUCUUCGCGCUGUCGACGAUGCUCUUCUUCGCCUUCCUGGCACUGCUGGGUGCCACGGCGCUGAGUAUGCUGGUCAUCACUGGUGCGCUGGUAAUGCUUUGCCCCGUGUUGUUUGUGGGGAUUGUGGUGGCGGGGAUGAUCUGGUCCGGGUGUUGGAUGGUGUGGUAUGCGGUGCUAUGCGCGGCGCUGCUCUUCAAGUGGCUUCGCGAGAGUAGCUUGGAGACAAACGACAAUGGCCGCGAGAAUCGGGUCGGGCUGGCUAAGUGA